GCAACCAACAUGAACUAUUAUAGUGCGUUACCUCUGGUUUUGGUCCUGAUCAGCGGCGCUUUUGCAGCCCCAGCUGAGCGGAUUGAAACCGAUCCGGAGCUGACAGCUGGUUAUAUUGAGGGUGACAUGGUUCCCAGUGGAUCUUUAAGAAAUAUUUGGCGCAAUGAGACAUAUCGCUGGCCCAACCGCGUUGUUUACUAUCACAUCAAUAGUUAUAUUGACGUCGAGCACAGAAACCAUAUUGUUAGCGCAAUUCACGAGCUCGAAUCAAUUUCAUGUCUGACCUUUAAGGAAGCCACCACCGAUCAAGAGUAUUAUGUAAAUGUGACCUCCGAGGAUGGCGGUUGUUUCUCCUAUAUUGGUUACCUAAAUCGUGUUCAGCAACUCAACCUGCAGAAUAAUGAAAUAGGAGUUGGUUGCUUCCGACUCUACACUAUUGUUCAUGAAUUUUUGCAUGCCCUUGGCUUUUUCCAUCAGCAGAGUGCCGCCGACCGGGAUGAAUAUGUCCAAAUUGUGGAGGAGAACAUCACCGAAGGCAUGGAGUUCAAUUUUGAUAAAUACACCGAGGAAACAGUUAACGAUUUUGGAGAGAAAUACGACUAUGGUAGUGUUAUGCAUUAUGGUCCUUAUGCGUUUUCCAAGAAUGGAGAGAGGACAAUCGUGGCUUUGGAGGAGGGACAGGAAGAUGUUAUCGGCCAACGACUACAGCUGAGUGAAACUGAUAUCAAAAAGCUAAACGCCAUGUACAAAUGCCCCACUGUUUAGUAAUAAACAUUUUUUAUCGCACCUUCA